AUGCUAAACAAAGCCUUUAAGGCUUCGCUUAACGUGCAUAAAAAGAUUGGACUCCCAUAUUGGCUCAAAGCUAAUGUAUACGAUAAACAAAAUUUGUGUUUAAACAUGGAGAAGAAAGGCAGCAGCAAUGGAUCAUUAAGGUCGCUUUUCAUGCAUGCAGACGUUGCCGAUAUGUUUCUCAUGGCUUUCGGAGUUUUCGGUGCCAUCGGCGACGGACUACUUGGGACUCCAAUGAUGGUGUUUGUCGCCUCAAAAGUCAUGAACAGCGUUGGGGGCUUUUCUAAGUUAUCAUCCCCUGAUGUUUUCAUUCACAAAAUUAACCAGAAUGCAGCAAAUUUGUGUUACCUGGGAGUUGGGAAAUUGGUUGUAUGUUUUAUUGAAGGAUAUUGCUGGACAAGAACCGCAGAGAGACAAACAUCACGAUUAAGGGAAACUUAUCUGAAAGCAGUUUUAAGACAAGAAAUGGCCUAUUUUGACUUGAAUGUUACAAGCACUGCCGAUAUUGUUAUAACUGUUUCCAGUGAUAGUCUCAUCAUUCAAGAAUUCAUCAGCGAAAAGCUGCCGGUGUUAGUGACGAACGUGGCAACUUUUGGCGGGGCGUAUUUUGUGUCAUUUAUGUUGCUAUGGAAACUAGCAAUUGUUGGGCUUCCAUUUAUCUUACUUCUAGUAAUACCUGGUCUGAUUUAUGGAAGAGUUUUGAUGAGCUUAUCAAGACAAAUCAGGGAGGAGUAUAAUAAGGCUGGUGUUGUGGUGGAGCAAGCUCUUUCUAAUGUCAGGACCUUAUAUUCGUUUGUUGGUGAAAGUAAGACCAUCAGAGAGUAUUCUGCUGCUCUGCAAGGCACAAUGAAGUUAGGUAUAAAGCAGGGUUUGGCUAAAGGAUUGGCGAUCGGCAGCAAUGGUGGCGUCGUUUUUGCUGCUUGGUCUUUCAUGUGUUGGUACGGUAGUAGAUUGGUGAUGUACCAUGGAGCUAGCGGUGGAACCGUGUUUAAUGUUGGAGCUGCCCUCAACAUCGGAGGAAUAGCAUUGGGUUCUGGAUUGUCAAGCUUAAAAUACUUUUCCGAGGCAAUGGCUGCCAGUGAACGUAUAAGGGAAGUAAUCGAGAGUGUUCCAAAGAUUGAUUCAGAUAACUUGGAAGGGGAUACAUUAGAAGAAGUCUUUGGAGAAGUGGAGUUCAAAAAUAUAAAUUUUGCAUAUCCAUCAAGGCCGGAAUCAUGGAUAUUCAAAGACUUCAGUUUAAAAGUUCCAGCAGGAAAGACGGUGGCGUUGGUGGGUGCAAGCGGGUCUGGUAAAUCAACGACGAUUGCAUUGUUGCUGAGGCUCUAUGAUCUGCAAGGAGGAGAGAUUUGUGUAGAUGGAGUGAGGAUCAAUAAGCUUCAACUGAAAUGGCUGAGAUCGCAAAUGGGUUUGGUGGGCCAAGAGCCUACUCUAUUCGGGACCACAAUAAAAGAGAACAUUCUUUUUGGCAAGGAAGAUGCAACCAUGGAAGAAGUCAUUGAAGCUGCAAGAGCAUCAAAUGCUCAUAACUUCAUCUCUCAAUUGCCUAAGGCUUAUGAAACCCAGGUCGGUGAAAGAGGAGUUCAAAUGUCUGGUGGACAAAAGCAAAGAAUUGCAAUUGCCCGUGCAAUAAUCAGGUCACCUCGUAUCCUUCUCUUGGACGAGGCAACAAGUGCACUCGACUCUGAAUCUGAACGAGUGGUGCAGGAGGCCCUUGAUAUGGCAGCCAUCGGUAGAACCACCAUAGUCAUAGCUCAUCGCCUUUCCACAAUUAGAAAUGCAGAUGUGAUAUCAGUGGUACAGAAUGGUAAGCUGGUCGAGUCUGGCUCCCAUAAUGAACUCAUUCAACAUGAAAAUGGUUUCUACAGGUCACUCAUUCAAUCCAAAGAAAGCAAGCAAAACGAUGAACCCUCAGAUGAUGUCCAUAAGAACAGUAGCCAUCAUCAAUCGCUGGUGAGAAGAUCAAACUCUACAAACUCACCCAACCAGAGUGAAGAAAAAAAUGCCUUGCGGGCCAACCAAGAACUUCCGCUACCUACCUUCAAAAGACUUUUAGCAAUGAACAGUCCUGAAUGGAAGCAAGCAUUCUUUGGGAGUGUGGCUGCGAUUCUCUUCGGAGCAGUUCAACCACUAUAUGCUUUGUCAAUGGGGUCAAUGAUAUCCGUAUAUUUCAUGGUGGAUCACGAAAAGAUCAAGCACAAAACAAAGAUUUAUGCAUUGUUUUUCUUUUCUUUGUCAGUUUUCUCGCUUGUGAUCAACAUCAUUCAACAUUACAAUUUUGCAGCCAUGGGUGAGUACUUGACUAAGAGGGUUCGUGAAAAGAUGCUAUCAAAGAUACUCACCUUUGAAAUUGGGUGGUUCGACCAGGAUGAAAAUUCAAGUGGAGCCAUUUGUUCAAGGCUUGCUACAGAUGCCAAUGUGGUGCGAUCUUUAGUAGGUGAUCGAUGUUGUCUUCUAGUUCAAGUAUCCUCUGCUGUGACAGUUGCCUUUACGAUGGCGUUGGUGAUCACAUGGAGAUUGGCUUUGGUUAUGAUUCUGGUUCAGCCACUAAUAAUCAUAUGCUUCUAUUAUAAAAAAGUAUUGUUAAAAGACAUGUCACAAAAGGCAAUGAAGUCACAAAAUGAAAGCAGCAAGCUCGCCGCGGAAGCUGUCUCAAACCUAUAUAUUGUCACUGCUUUUUCGUCCCAAAUACGGAUCCUCAAAAUGCUCAGAGAGACCCAAAAAGAGCCAAUGCGUGAAAGCAUCCGGCAAUCUUGGUAUGCAGGAUUUGGACUCGGUUUUUCUCAAUGCCUUCAAGCUUUUGCUUGGGCUCUAGCCUUUUGGUAUGGUGGUAAAUUGAUCAUUGGUGGUCAUCUUGUGGCAAAAGCAUUUUUCCAGAUAUUUUUAAUCUUGGCAAGCACUGGCAGGGUAAUUGCAGAGGCUGGAACCACGACAAAUGAUCUGGCCAAAGGGUCUGAUGCAGUGCACUCUGUGUUUGCUGUAUUGGACCGUUACACCUUGAUAGAUCCCGAGGACCCUAAUGGUAACAAGCCAGAGAUCGUCACAGGCCAUAUAGAGAUGCGCGAUAUCGACUUUGCCUACCCAGCUCGGCCUGACAUCUGGAUCUUUAAAGGAUUCUCCAUCAAUAUUGAAGCGGGGAAAUCAACUGCAUUGGUCGGACAAAGUGGGUCCGGGAAGUCAACCAUAAUUGGGUUAAUCGAGCGUUUUUACGACCCGAUAAAGGGUGUUGUGGAAGUUGAUGGAAGGGAUAUAAGGUCUCACCACUUAAGAACUCUAAGGAAAUAUAUCGCACUCGUGAGCCAGGAGCCCUCAUUAUUCUGCGGUACUAUACGUGAAAACAUCAUUUAUGGUGCUUCAGAAGAAGUUAGUGAAUCAGAGAUUAUUGAGGCUGCCAAAGCAGCCAAUGCUCAUGAUUUUAUAGCAGGUUUAAGAGACGGGUAUGAUACUUGGUGUGGUGAUCGAGGAGUACAACUAUCCGGAGGACAAAAACAACGCAUUGCCAUAUCCCGUGCUAUACUCAGAAAUCCAACGAUUUUGUUACUUGACGAAGCAACUAGUGCACUUGAUAGCCAGUCUGAGAAUAUAGUGCAGGAAGCUCUCGAGAGAAUAAUGGUAGGUCGGACCAGUGUGGUGGUGGCACACCGGUUAAGUACAAUACAAAAUUGUGACACUAUUGCAGUUUUGGAGAAAGGGAGGGUGGUUGAGAAAGGUAACCAUCGUACGUUGCUAGCAAACGGGCCGACUGGAGCUUACUACUCCUUGGUUAAUCUGCAAAAGCAUACUUCUACUAUCCGUACUAUGGACUGA